UGAUCUAUGAGGCUGAGGCGGGAAGCGCGUGCGUUCACUCGCUCCAAACGGCUGGAGACGCUAAAUGUGCUCGAGCUGGAGGAUGAAGAGGAGCAUUUCUUGAAUACGUUUCUUCCUGGCUAACGUUAGCACUUAUGCUGCACAUUUGUGUACUCCCGCUUCGGGGAAAGACUUUUUUAUUUGAGUUUAUCUAUUUGUUCGUUCCUGUCACACCGGGUAGACGUCAUCUUCACCGGAGCCGCUUACAUUUAUCCUUCAGAAGACAUGCUGCUUUAGAAAAGGAGAAAAAGAUACAUCGUUAUUGAUAAACUACGCGACCUAGAACAUGAGACUGAAUGGGGAGUGAUCGUCUGAGUAGAUUCCUUCUCAACAAUAAACACCUUCGUUCAAACUUAACUCACCGUUGUUACGCCGUCGGUUAUUCUCAAGAUGAAUGGACGUUUGAACGGAACCGGCGUGGAGAUCUGCUAAACUUGGUUAAUAUGUAAGUCAUAUGAAUAUGUGUAGUCGCAGGGCUCCACCUGGGAGACGAAGGUGGUCGCGUUUCUCCGCUUGACAGCUCAGAACGAAAAACGCUUUGUUUGCUCAGACUCCGGGAGUGGACGUCGCUGGCCAGGGUGCUGAAUUUCACCAGGUCCGGGUAAGAGAUAAACGAAGGAAAGUGACGGAUCAGAGAGACUCAGGCGUGCCGUGAAUAUAUUUUCACAUUCUGUAUGUUGGAGGAGCCGGGCAACUCAUCUGAUAAUCAUUUUUUAUCUUCGAAAUGAAAAUCAGACAACAUGUGAAAUACGGACAGUUGAGUAACACUUCGCCUUUGUAUUCAUUAUGCUAAUUCAGUGUCUUAUUUCGCCCGUCGUGAUGUGUGGAUAUCUUUGAUCAUCAUCCGUGCAUUUCAGAGGGCAGAGCACAGAAACGCAAAAAUGGGACAAUAAUUGAGACAGAUCGGGCGGUUUGUUGUUGUCUGUGCUUUGUGUGUAAGGAGUUCAACAGCCCUGUUUUUGAGACAUGGCAGCGGCGAUUGCCAGCGGUUUGAUCCGCCAGAAGAGACAGGCACGGGAGCAGCAUAUAGACCGACCAUCCACCAACAGAAGGAGAAAAAGCCCCAAUAAGAAUAAAGGGCUUUGCAACGGGAAUCUGGUCGACAUCUUCUCCAAAGUGCGAAUCUUCGGCCUCAGGAAACGCAGACUACGACGACAAGAUCCCCAGCUCAAGGGUAUAGUGACCAGGUUAUAUUGCAGGCAGGGAUACUACUUGCAGAUGAACCCAGAUGGAUCUCUUGAUGGGACUAAGGAUGACAGUAGUAAUUCUUCGUUGUUCAACCUCAUCCCUGUGGGCCUUCGGGUCGUUGCUAUUCAGUCUGUGAAGACGGGCUUGUACAUCGCCAUGAAUGGAGAAGGCCAUCUGUACACAUCAGAACUGUUUACGCCAGAAUGCAAGUUUAAAGAGUCCGUGUUUGAAAACUACUAUGUGAUCUACUCAUCCAUGCUGUAUAGGCAGCAGGAGUCGGGGAGAGCAUGGUUCCUUGGCUUAAAUAAAGAUGGCCAGGCCAUGAAGGGGAACCGGGUGAAGAAAACUAAACCAGCUGCUCACUUCCUGCCCAAGCCAUUAGAAGUCGCUAUGUACCGAGAGCCAUCAUUGCAUGACGUGGGGGAGACAGUGCCCAAACCUGCCGUGCCUCCCAGUAAAAGCACAGAGCCGGCCGUCAUGAACGGAGGCAAACCUGUCAGCAAGGAAACCAAGCCCACCACAUAGCCAGAUUCCAUCUUGGCCAUGCUCAACCCCGGAGAGCUGUGCUCCUUUUGUCAGACACUCCAUGUUUGUGGAUCAGAUCCAGGCAUCCUCUGCUCUCUCCUCCCCAUUCCCUCCACCCCCUUCACUCCUCUGACUGUUCCGAUCUAAUUCGACGACGGACUGGCUCCAGAAGAGUGGUCAGCUGUGCACGUAGGAGGAUGCGACUGGAUAAACCAGCUAAACUUUCACCAUGGAAUGCCCUAACUGAUAUGGAAUGCCUAUUGACAUACAAUAAAGCUGAUGUUUUUUCUGUAAUCGAGACAAUCCACGAGAAUGAAAUUGUGUACUGCAGGCGCUUGCGUGGUGGUUCUUUUGCCUGCUAACAGUCACCCGUUAUAACCCUUUUCUUGAACCCUGUCGCAGCAGAUCUAUUUUCUAUAUAUACAGUAACACCAGCUACGCUCUGGGGUAAUACUGUAAAGAUAUACAUAUAUAUGGACUGGAAUCUACAACCUUCUUUUUUUUCAAAUUAAGUAUGCUCCUGUGUCUCCUCCUUUCUAGGUGUCCCCCAGUCUCUGAAGCGCAAAGUUCCAAAUUUUUCCCUUUUGUCGGUGACUUAGGAAAUUUGUUGUCGGGGCAAUGUGCGAUGUGUUCUGGUGUGCAGUCAUUCAAACACAACGAAGGAUUCUCACAUAGUACCUUCACAAUGUUUAUGGUCAGUGCUCAUGUCUUCUUAUUCUUGUAAUGUCUAGAAAGGGACACAAGUAUACUUAGCAAAUGCCAGUGAGUGCAUUAGUCACGCCCGCAGCAGUCCAACACAAGGAGCUGGCAUGAGCUGAGGAAGGUGUAUAGAGUACAUAUCACUAUCUAGUACGGUGCAAAUUGGUUUCAACCCCAGUAACUAGGUGAAUUUCCACUUUUCUUUGCUCUUAAUUUAGAGCGUGGGCUCUAGGAAUAUCUAUAGGCCUUGUAGGCCUCUGGUCAAGGCCUCUCUUUGACAUGCUGACUCUGAACUGAGGGCUAGUUCGGCUAGCACAUUAAAUGUGACGAGAGUGGCAGCCAUAGAGAAAUACAGUCUACUUCAGGCCUGGGUGGUUAAAUGUCUCAAUGUAAGUAGGCACCAUUACUAUUGGCUGCACAUCCAUUUUGUUCAGCAAAGGCAUGGCCAAGGUUAGUAUUACGUUCUGUUCUUGCAAUGUUGACGCAGUGCAAGAAAUGGCUUCUAUAACAAUGUUUUCACUGUAUACAAAUAAAACAAAAAUCUACCAAAAAAUAAAAUAAAAAUAAAUAAUAGAUUUUUAACUACCAGAUAUUAGAAUUCUGAAAUGAGAGGGGUUUUCCUAGCUCAGCAUGCAGAGUCCAGUACUGCUCAUCAUGUGCCUGUGAUGACCUCUAACCCAGCAUGCAAAAACAUGUACCCAGUCUGUGCUGGGUUAAAGGUGCCUCAUGCCCCAGACACACACACACACACACACACACAAACAAACAAACAGAUUCAGUAGCAACUUGAUCCACAAACACACAAAAGUUGAUUAUUACCAAAGUCUGUACACACGAGAAUCCAGCCGAACAAUUUCAAUAUCUCGGAGGAUGGCGGUCCUCUUUGGUUUUUUUGUCCUCACUGUGACUAGGGUUCAUCACAAAGAACAGUUGUCUCGAUUUUAAAUGAUGUCCUUCACUUUGAUUGUUCAAGUACAAGACCGGGGUACCUAUUAUUAAUCAGCUGCAUGCGUUUUAUUAAGGACCAAUGUAUGGAACAGCUAGAAAUGUCUAAAGACAGUUUGAGGCGUAGGGCUACACUGAAUGGGCAUGAUUAUAUAAGGCUCCCUCAUACUCUAGAUUGAGACCAUUGCACUUUGCGUUUGAAAUAGUCAUCUACUCAUAUCUACUUAGGAUUUUAACGAUUAGCCAAUUAUCAGCCGAGAUGACAUGAAGCCUGUCUUGCUUUCGCAGUUUUCAUAGUUUGAAUGAUGAAUAACGUUUAGAAUGUUAUGAAGUAGACAGAGGCUAUGCUGCUAAAUACAAAUAUAUUCUACACUUCAUUUAAAGACCUAUAUUUUCAUUUAUUGGAUUAUCGAGCUAGUUUCAUAUUAGGAGAUGUUCAAGCACAUUAGACUUAAAUAUUUGUCUGUACAAAGCCAAAUUUAAUGCUAGAAUGAGAUUGCAGUACUAUACAGGAAAAAUAGCUUCAUUUUUUAAAUCAGUUUGAGGCUGGUGUCCCACUUCCACACAAAACAAAUCACUCACUACAAUGAGCUCUACAUGCUGGGCUACAGCUGCCCUGCAGACCAGUGAACUGGUUUUACGAAGGUUGAAUUUAUUUUUGUAAGUGACUGGUGAGUACAUGUGCAUUUGUUAGUAUGUUUGUUUGUUUUUUCCUCUUUCAAAUGUCCGUGUUCGUUUCGUUCCAUUCAGGUCGUGCGUGACGUCGUUAAAUCGUAAUGAGGAGCAAUCGCUGAACAAUUGAUCAUUUCUGUGUUUUCUCCGUAUUUCUGAUUUUCAGUGGUGAAGGAAGGUCUCCAUAGUCUCUUGAUUGGUUUUGAACCUUGAUUUGACAGUUACUUCAUCUGUUGCAUGGGAAGAAGGUGGCAUAUAUGAACUGCAUGUCGUAGGUUAUGUGUAUCAUGGACUGUUGGUAUGUUCUGCUAAUUUUACAUACAUAUAUGCAAAGAGUUUGUCUGCACUGUACAGUUUGUGUUUGUUGUAUACACAGAUACAACAUAUUGAAUAAAAUAUUUAUAUAAAGGUGUA